CCGACGCAAGCAGCGAAAGCGGCGAAUCGUGUCGAGUUUUAAUUUCUACAAAUUUCAACUGAAUAUCGCCCAUAAAUACUAACUGCACUAAACAAGAGUGAACUUAAGCCCUGAAAAUCAGUUAUUCUAGAAACAUGCGUCGCAACAUGAACCAAAUGCCAGGGCGAGGUGGCCCGUUGAUGACGGAUCAUUUACAAGAUUUAGAGCUGGAGCUUGAGCUACUAAAGCGUAAGAGGCAGCUGAUCCAGCGUCAGCAAAGCAGUAUGCUCUAUGACCGUCCCAGUGCGCCCCUUCUUGAUAAUAUGAGAUACAACCAGCCGUCUCAGUCGUUUAACGAUCGGUUCAAUGAACCUCAGCAUUUGAACUUUUCUCAUUUGUACAAUGACACCCCUCGGAACAACCAGGGCUUUGGCUUGAAACGCCAAGCGCAGCCCGACUGGCCUGGCGCACCCAGCAACAACAUGGGUGGUCAAAAGCGGCCUAGGCCGAACCCCUUCAUACAACCAUUCCAAAAUAAUACACAACAACCUUUCCAACGGCCCGGGUUUAUGCCCCAGCCUCUUCUGAACACUCCCAAACCUAAACCGCUCAUGAACCUGAACUUCCCGGUUCAAAGAAACCGCCCGGGCAACCGACCAAACAUGAAGCAAAAUCAAGGCCCUAAGCCUCUCACUCAUCAUCCGAAUUUCAGGCAAAAUAAGCCCGCCAACGCCAACCGACCUGGCAACGCAAACCGGCCUGACAACGCAAGUCGACCAGCCGGUUUCGUAGCUAAAAAGAACGCAUCCCCUAAAAAGCCCAUUCAAAACAAUUCUUCCAAUACACCAUCUAAAAAGGCGCAGGACCGCGUUUUCACGGCUAAUAAGAAGCCGAAUAAUAAAAUGAACGGCCGGCUAGAGUUAGCUCUAGGGAUGAUCGUUAAAGAGAUCAGGGUAACAUACGAGAACAAGCCUGAAUACAAGGGUCUGUUUUCCUAUCUCCCGCUCACUCGCCUGAUGAAGCAAGGCGUCCGGGAGCGCUUGCACUCCGCAAUGGACGGGAAAAAGGUUGACAAGACCCCGGACAUAUUGGCGGAGUACCGCCAGAAAUUCCCUCUGGAAACCGACAAGGAAAUCGUGGAACUAGCUGUACUUGAGCAGAAGAAGAGCGACCAAAAGAUCGAACUAGCGAUCACAUUGCUCGAAGAAGGGGACCCAGAACAGUUUUUCAAGAAAAACAUGAACAAAUUACUGCAAGCCAGAUUUGAUGAGAUGAUGGGAAAGCUUGAGAAAAUUAUAACUGAAGAAAACAAGCUCACAACAGCUGAAAUCCUGGAGAAUUUGCCGGCAAUUACGAAAGAACCGGGAAAUGCCAAUACUAAACACACUCCAAAGGCCAAUGAAAAUGAAUCAGAAAAAGCUGAAGAGACACCUGCUGACGCUGAAACAGCUGAAAAGGCUGCCGAAGCACCAGCUAGUGCUGAAACCGCUGAAAAGGCUCCCGAAGCACCAGCUAGUGCUGAAACAGCUGAAAAGCCUGCUGAAACAGCACCCGAGGCCGAUGAAACGCCAAAGCCUGAUGAACCAGUAAAGGAGAAUGGAUCUGAUUUGCACCAAAAGGAGGAUAUGUAUCAGAAAUGGCUGUCAUUUUACAUUCAACGCAGGCUGCCUGCGUUAGUACAUAGACAUAGAUCCAACAUCCUAAAGGUGUUCGACCUGGACCACAUGUACUCUAACACGAAGGCAGCCAUCAUCAUCAACGCGAACAACAAGGCGCAGGCUAUGAAGGCUGGUCAGAAGAACGACAGCGAACAGGGCAAGGAUGACCCUGAACUGCCGCGCAAUUUGCCGUAUUUUGCUAAGGUACUAGCAAUCCCAGCGAUGCCCAAGCGUAAGAUCAUGCAAGAGUUUCUGAAUAAGUUCCAACCGAAGACUAUCAAGCGGCACAAGAAGAACUACAACCUGCUGUUCGUCGGGUUCGACUCUAAGGAUAACUAUGACAAGAUCCUGGCUGCCAACCAGACUACAGUCGGUAACGCAACCCUCAGCAUCCUUGGAAACGUCACCAAGGCGUCAAAUGAGUCCGACGAUCUCGACCAAGUCCUGACCCCACAGCUCGAUGAUCAGAUCAACGAUCUCCUCAGCUCCAUCCGUAAGGCUGAUGAGGAAUCUAACGCUAAUGGCGACAACAGUGUCGCUGAUGUUGAUCUAACUCAAGAUGAAACUCACGAAGUGCAAGAUACUUCAAAUGAGACGCCAAAAGUUGAAGAAGCAGUCAUAAGUGAAACUGACAAAGGAAAUGAAAAUGUCGCUGCUAAUGAAACUGAUAAUAAGAGUGAUGAUUGUGAAGUUGUCGAGACGAAUGGGAGUGUAGUUACUAUCGAAGAUGAUGAAGUGGCUCCGCUGAAGACUGAUGAAGCGAAGAAGCCAGCUGCACCGAGUGCACCGGCCACUCCGGCUAAAGGUAAAGCCCCGGCUACACCGAGGUCUGUUAACACACGGCGUUCCAGCCGUCUCCAGAAUUGAGAUCACUGCCCUUUUAAACUCUAUUCCAUUAGGACUGCAGUACUUAACCUGCGGCCCGCCGUGUUUUUAGGUUAGAUCCAUCCGAAUGUUACCAUAAACAAAUUCAUCUUGCGGCCCGGGCAAGGCAAAACCAUCUUUGUGGCCCUCAUAAAAUGGUACUCACCGCUGCAUUAGGGCCUUAAAAUAAUGUAAACAAACAAUACCAUAUUGUAGUAUGGUAGCUCAGCCAAUGAUAUAAUUCCACAGAACCUCCUAAGACCCAGAGUCAUUUAUGCAGUUUUGAAUUUGGAACCUUAUUUUAUUCCAUUAUAGUUCAAAAAUCGAUUUUAAUUUGUUCUUUUUAAAGGAACUCAGGACUUGGAGAAGUUGUAUCUUGUCGGCAGAUUGACUGCAGGCAAGUGGUUUGGUGUUUACAUUAUUUUAAUGUGCUUAUACUAUAGUUCUAAAUUAAAUAGAUCGUUAACAAUAAUUACAUGUUGGGUAGGAUAUUCUGUACAUUUGAUUUUCAUUAAUGCACUUUUUUAUUCUCAUUGUACCCAACUCGAUUGGACAUCAGAUUAUUCAAAAAGCUAGAACCUUGAAAGUGCAAAGGCGGACAUAACUAAGUAUUUAAUUUUGCAAUAAGCAAAUCGAUAAUUGAUUUAAGUUUUGAUUAAGAUUUUUAGUUUAAGAUAUUCGGAUAGUGGUAUCAUUGAUAUCUUAUGAAUUAAUUAUGUUUUAGCCUAUAAGUAGGCGAUACUUUAUUUGACUAUAAAAUGUAUGACUCUUUAAGUUUGAUUAGAAAUAAAUUAUGAACUGAUA